AUGAAUAUAUUCGCCCUCGGCCACCCCUCGACGAAUCCGCUACUGCUGGCAAUCGAGGCCGCAAGCGAGCCCCACAGCUACCUACUACUGCUCAUAAACGCGUUAAAAGGCCCUCAAAAAGAGGAGGAACUACAACAGGCAAAUGCGGAGAACACUGCGGAGAACACUGCGGAGAACACUGCGGAGAACACUACGGAGAAAUCAAGCGGCAACAAGGCCACCAUCGUCAAGAACACGGCUCAGCUCUCCAAGAUCCCACGUCACAUGCUCUCCACGGUUCCAUAUCAAAUCAUCACUCAGCAAGCGGAGAACACCACUGCAACUUGGCCUGUCAUCCCCACUACAUUAAGGAGCAAGAGGAGGAACUACAACAGGCAAAUGCGGAGAACACUGCGGAGAAACCAAGCGGCAACAAGGCCCCCAGCACCAAGAACACGGCUCAGCUCUCCAAGAUCCCACGUCAUAUCAGUCAUCCACUCAGAGGAGCAAGAGGAGGAACUACAACAGGCAAAUGCGGAGAACACUGCGGAGAAACCAAGCGGCAACAAGGCCACCAUCGUCAAGAACACGGCUCAGCUCUCCAAGAUCCCACGUCAUAUCAGUCAUCCACUCAAGGAGGAGCAAGAGGAGGAACUACAACAGGCAAAUGCGGAGAACACUGCGGAGAAACCAAGCGGCAACAAGGCCACCAUCGUCAAGAACACGGCUCAGCUCUCCAAGAUCCCACGUCAUAUCAGUCAUCCACUCAAGGAGGAGCAAGAGAAGGAACUACAACAGGCAAAUGCGGAGAACACUGCGGAGAAACCAAGCGGCAAUAAGGCCCCCAGCACCAAGAACACGGCUCAGCUCUCCAAGAUCCCACGAGGAAGAGAAGAAACUAUAACAGGCAAAUGCGGAGAACACUACGGAGAACACUACGGAGAACACUGCGGAGAAACCAAGCGGCAACAAGGCCCCCAGCACCAAGAACACGGCUCAGCUCUCCAAGAUCCCACGUCAUAUGCUCUCCACGGUUCCACAUCAAAUUAUCACUCAGCAAGCGGAGAACACCACUGCAACUUAGCCUGUCAUCCCCACUACAUUAAGGAGGAAGAGGAGGAACUACAACAGAUAAAUGCGGAGAACACUGCGGAGAACACUAUAGAGAACACUGCGGAGAAACCAAGCGGCAACAAGGCCACCAUCGUCAGGAACACGGCUCAGCUCUCCAAGAUCCCACGUCAUAUGCUCUCCACGGUUCCACAUCAAAUCAUCACUCAGCAAGCGGAGAACACCACUGCAACUUGCCCUGUCAUCCCCACUGCAUUGAUAUGGUACAUCACUACAAUAACAUCACAAGAGGAGGAUCUACUGCGACGAUCACAGCCAAUUAGGCCUCUGUAG